AUGAAUAAUUCAACAGCGACAUCGACAGUUGCUUUAUCGAAAAACUUAACUUCAUUCUUUUAUCAAGAUUUGAUCGUUAAUGUUCAAGCAAUUCAACAUAAAAUAAUCGAAAUCGCAAAAUAUCUUGAUACUCAAUGGAAAAAUAAAAAGAUACGAAAGGAAUUAAAAUCGCGUUCAAUAACAUUUAUUGAUCCAUACGGAAAUUCAAUAACUAAUGAAUAUAUGGAUCACGAAUUAAUCAUCACAUUGUUUAGAAAGUAUAAGAAGAAUUAUGUACCAAAAUAUUUACAAAAAUGGAUUAAAAUUGGAAAAAUCAAUGAAAAUGGUAUCUUAACUUUAAAUGAUUUUGAACUAAAAUCACCUGUAUUCAAAUAUUCUGAUGGUUAUCAAUUUAUUGCAUAUGGUGUAUUAAAUAUCUUCAUAGAAUAUCGUGAAGAUAUAAUACCUGAACCAUUUCUACUACGUGUUCUGCCAACAGAUACUAUAGAAAAGAUUAAAAUACAAUUACAAAGUCUUGGAAAACUACCAAAAAUAGAACUGAAAUUGUCAAUAUUAGAUCAAGGUUCUCAAACGAAUAAACAAAGUUCGAAUGAAGAUCGAACACUCGAGUCAGAUGAUACCGUGUUGUCAGGUCAAUUAUAUGAAGAAAAUCGCAUUAUCACAGCAAAAAUUUUGCAAGAAAAAACUGAUAUUGCAGAAUCAAUUUCUUAUUUUAUGAUUCUUGUAAAACUUCUUACUGGACGCACGAUUAUUUUAUAUGUCAAUUCUGAUAUGACUAUAGCUAAUGUAAAACACUUGAUGCAAGAGAAGAUAGAUAUUCCUGUUAAUCAACAACGCUUAAUAUUUGCUAGUAAAGACCUAGAUAAUAACAGAACUCUUUCAGAAUAUAAAAUAGAACAUCUAGCCACACUUCAUAUGAUACAACGAUUACGUGGUGGAAUGUAUCAUUUUACUAGUGGUCGAUUAGAUUUUGAAAAUUUGCCACCUACAGGUGCUGCCGAAGCUAUUAAAAAUGUUUUCGCAUUCAAUUUUAAACAAUUGAAUAAUCUUGAACUUUUAUCAUCAACCGAAUUACAAAACCUUGUUUUACAAGGACAAGUUGUUCUUUCACAAUUAUUUAAUGUUAUCAACGAAAUCUUUGUAUUUCAAGGUGUUCCAAAUAUAAAAAACAUCAUAUUGUCGAAUGUAAAUGAUGAUGAACAUGAAAAUAAUAGUGAAGAAGAAGUUGAUGAUGAUGAUGAUAAUGUUUCCAAUGAUCAAUCAUAA